AUGUCACAUUCAAUAAACAGAUUUAACAAUUCCCCUUCAAGAAACUUACGAUUCAAUACAUUACCUCAAUCAUCUAAUUCAUCAGAUCAAUUUAAAACAAAAAUUCUAUCACAAAACAAAGCUUUAGCUAAGAAAAAUUCCACUUUAAUGACAAAAGUUGCAGAUUUAGAGAUUAAAAUCUCAGAGCUUAUACAACAAAAUAUUGAACUAAGAGCUAUCAAUGCUAAAAGUGAAGAUGAAAAAAGAAGAUGGCUUGAAGAUAAAUUAAAUAUUAUAGAAAAUGGUGUUAGUCAAAGAUUUGAAGAAAUGUUUCAAAUGUUUUCCACUAUAAGAAAUAAUGAAGGUUUAUCAACAUCUUCAAUUAAUUUACAAAAUUUGAUACAAAAUGUUUCAUCAUCACAAGAUAAUUCAUUAGAAAAAACAGUUUCAUUUAAUGAUGUUAAAAGUCCUUCCAAGAGUUAUAUUUCUGAUAGAAGACGUAAAAGUUCAAGAAGACAAUCCAUCUAUAUCCCACCACCACAAUCACCAGAGGAAGAACAAGCAGAAGAAGUUCAAAAAGAAACUAAUAUUGAAGAACUGGAACGUAAUGAAUUACCAAGUAAUUAUGAUUCAAUAAAUCCAUUCAAUGAAAAUUAUCAUGAUUAUUCACAAGCUUUAAAUUUCCAAGACCAAAUGUUAGAUGAAGGUUUUAUUCCAGAGGAAACAGAAAUAGAUAAUGAACAACAACAAGAACAACAACAAGAACAACAAUUUGAAAAAAGUUUUGAACAAUUUGAUCAACAAGAAUCUCAACAAGAAAUACAACCACAGCAUUCAAAAACACAAUCUGAAUUUGAACAAGCAGCCAUUCUGUCUCCAAUCAAAUUCUCAUCACCAAGAAAACCUGAAUCAAAUCCAAGAUUUUCUGUAUAUGUUGAACCAGAUAAUACAUUGAAGGUAACAACUGAAGAAGAAUCACAAGCCAAAAUACAUAGUUUAACAAGUGGAUCAGUUAACACACAACAUACUGUUACAAGCAAAUCAAACUCUAUACUUGACGAUAAUGAAAUACAAUGGAUUGAUUUAGAUGAAAGUAAAGAUAAAGCAGAUGAUUUAAUUCUUCAAGAUACUGGUAAAAUAAAACAUACAAAAUCUAAAAAGCAAAAAUCAAAAUCUUCAAAAGAUGAAAGUAUGCCAAUUCAAAUUUCUUCAGAAUUAUCAACAAGAAAAUCAAGAACAAGAGGUAAAUCUGUUAACUAUGCCGAACCUUCAUUAAGAAAGAAAAUGAGACGUGAAUCUGAACAAUUAACAGAUGCUGUUGCGGAAGCUGGUGAAGAUUAUAUCAAGUCUGAACCAAAUUCAAGACCUACAUCCUCUAAAAUACCAAGUGUUGAUGAACAUUUAUUAAAAGCUUCAAGAGAAUCACCAAUAAAAUCUACACACAUGGAAACUGAGAUUGAGAAUCCAAAACCAGUGGUUGCACAACAAGAAACCAAAAAUCCAAUCGAAGAACUUAAGAAAAGACCUGCUCCUUUAUUAGAACAAGAUAGUAUAAAUGUAACUAAAAGAAGAAAACCAUUAGCUACUUUAAAUUCAAAUAAUAAUCAAAUUCAAAAUAAAUUAUCUAAAAAAGAAAAAGAUAUUAAACCAUCCAAAAAAUUACUGGAUAUUGAUGCUUCUGAAUUAUCAGUUUUUGAUUUAGUUGAUGAAUGUGAAGUUGGUGUUCCAAAGACGUAUAAAGGUACACCAGAUACAAGUGUUAAAAAGACAAGAAGACAAAGUGCAGGUUCUAAUACUGCAAGUAGGCGUUAUAGUUCACUGUUGUGA